CACAGGGCUCGAUAUAGUGUAAGAUGUCAGUGGCCUUUAAUACCCACAACAAAAACAACAGGCAAUUUGAUUACAUUUUUUCCUUCAUAAAAUUACAAACAUUUUGGGAGGAACUUCAGCACCGGCGUUGGUGGUGUCUGGGAGAACUUAUUCAGGAGUUAAGACACCUGACUUUGCCAGACUUCUUGUCACAAGUUGUAGUCAUCAGGAGGAGAUAAAACCUCUUAAGCAAAUUGCUUGUAUUCCGAGGGAAAAAAAAACUCAACAGGCAUCACUGAACCAAUAGUGAUAACAGACACUACAACCAAAAGUGACAACAGAUAUCACUGAACCACGUGACAGCAGACACUACUUAACCAACAACUAAAUAUGGAAGAGCAAGUGACGGCUACGGAGUCUGAGGAAAGACUGAAGGACAUCAGCACUAGUACAAACAAGAGACACAAACAUGUGCCACUCGAGAGCUUGGCCCGGCAGGUUUGUCACUUAUCUUUGAUAUGUUUUCUGUAUCGUGUGUGGCAUUACGUGUCCCUGCCACAUUUUUUCUCACAAGAUGGAGUUUUGCCCGUUAACAAAGUUUUUAAAUACCUUGGGAGAGAGGUUAAUAAAAGAAAAAAUUGUAUUUCCCUUUUUUACUUGUUUUUGGUCUCACUGUCUAACCAGGAAAUGAAUGAAAGUGCUCAGUACUUGGUGGGAUACCACGAUUAUAGGAACUUCUGCAAGAUGGAUGUUGGAAAUGGAGUUGUCAAUUUUUGUCGUCGUAUACUCUCCGUGAGCAUUUCUCUAGUGUGCUGUGAUGUACAUAGAAUAGAGAAUCCAUCUUUGAAUAAUGAAAGUCUCACUACAGAACAAGAUAAGCAAGACAUUAAACUAAAUUUAGAUUUACCAUGCAAAUUUAUUCAUGAGGCAACAGAUAGAAGAAGGUUAACAAGCAAUAAUUUUCUGGAGCAUUAUGGAAAGAACAGUGGCAUAUGUAAUAAAAAGCAUCAUACUGAUGGAUAUGACAUGUGUGUAGCUACAAUUGAGGGGGAGGCUUUUCUGUGGCAUCAAGUACGAGCAAUCAUGGCCAUCCUGUUUCUUGUUGGAGAAGGCAAGGAGAAACCUGAUAUUGUAAAACAUCUGUUAGAUGUUGAAAAUCAUCCCAGGAAGCCACAAUACUGUCUUGCUAGUGAUGUGCCUUUAAACCUUUAUGGAACAACUUUUGAGGGGGUAGAGUGGCAAUGGGAUAAUGACAAUCUUCUUUGUGUGAUCACACAGCUACAGGCACUGUGGAUGCAACACUCUAUACGGUCCACAAUGAUUCGAAGAAUGCUGUGGGAUCUAGAAGGUCUGUAUGGAGAGAGAGUUAAGGUAAAUAAAGAAGAAAGUGCACCAAGAGAUUGGAAUUCAUCCUUGCCACAGGAAGAAUCCAGGGUGACAAAGUUUCCUCAAGCACAGAGUGUCAGUUUAAUUCCAGGUGCAAGAACCAAAGUAUACAAACCUCUGCUCUCUAGACCAACAUGUGAGAGCUUGGAGACCCGAGUAGAGCAUUACAUCAAGAGACAACGAUUAGAUCCUGAUAUUCUCCAGAAACUUUCAACAUGUAAUUCCAGCCAAAAAGAACACCUUGAGCAAAGUUGUAGUCAAGUUCAAGAAUAAGAAGCUACAGUACUAUAAUACAGUAUAUGGUUUUAAAUAAAUUUAUAAAAACAAACUCUUGAAAUUAUUCCAUGUAAUAGCAUCUUGCCAAACUGGUAAAAAGCUAAAUGGGUUUUAUGUCCAGCAGCAAUUGGGCAGACUUUAUGGUUUAAGAAAUACACUGGCCAACAAAUUCUAUAUCCAGUUCAGACACCAAAUUGGUUGUUUUAAGCUAACUUUGAUGUGCUGAUCAUGAAUCUGAACUUUAGUCUCUUGGUGAAAUUGUUUACCUUGGGGAGCAAAACUUGUAUAUUCAAAUUUGAAUUCAUUAUUCUAAAAUUAGUUAGAAACAUUUUUAAACAUGAACUGAAACUAUUGUUAGUCAGUGUUAUUGGAACAGUUUUGAGGGUUUCAGUAUUAUCGAAGGUUUAGGUAGUAUAUCAAGAGAAAUGGCUAAUACUGUAUAUCACUGUUCCAUUAAGUGUAAUACUAAACUAAAAUUUUAAA